AUGAGUUUCAAUCUACCCAAUCCAAGCUUGGUGGGUAUAUUGCUCGUCAUUUCAACUCACAGUGGGCCGCAACUCAUAUACAAAUAUCCGUUCAAUUGGACAGACACCUCAUCGUCGACGAAACGCGGGACGGACAACAAAGUUUUCAGUACUUCCGACAAAGAUAAAGACGAGAACCAGCACGAGGAUGACGAAGAUGACGAAUUGUAUGAAUACAAGAGCAAGGUAGGAGACUUGUUGGAAGAUGAAGACGACCAAAAUAUUCUCAAUGAACAGAACGCCAACCACCGGGGCGCCUACGGCUUGAACUUGAAAGCUUGGGACUUUGACCACUCCCACUUCUAUUUGGGAACAAAGCUCGAAUUGAAGAGCUUUUUGGACGAGCAAAACAUAGCUCGAACCAAGUUGUUACUGAAAAGGAAAGCUCUUCCUGCAAAGAAAGAGUCUGCGCUCCGGAAUUUUGGACACGGCGAUCCGAGGCUUGGAGCUGCUGAAGACGGAGUGGAGAAGCGGACCAAAGUGAGCGCCGGCGAGAUCAAGGCCGCCGACCGCCGCUCAAAUAUAAGCGAUCAGUUAUUUGGGAUCGACCCGGCCUAUCUCUGUGAAAUGUUGUCUCCUCCGCGAGAAAUGUGUAACACCAGGUUUGAACUAGCCGUAGAGGACAAGGUAUUCCUCGGGUUGCCUGUUCACAAAAACAGCAAUGGUACAUGGAGGUCUGCGUCUAGCAAAAAAAGCGGCGGGCAUGGGAAGAAGAGGAAGAAGGACAAGGAGAAGGAGAAGGAAAAGGACAAGGACAAGGACAAGGACAGGGACAAGGACAAGGACAAGGACAAGGACAGGGACAAGGACAGGGACAGGGACAGGGACAGGGACAAGGACAAGGACAAUGACGACGGGAACGAAAAUGAGAAUGACAAUGAAGAGCAGCGAAGCAAAAAUGCGCAGGGCAACGGCAAGCUGUCCUCGUCAACCAUCAACUUGAACAUGUUUCACGUGGCAUUUGUGAUGAACCCGCCGCCUGUUGAGCUGAAUUACCGCAUCGACGAAAUGUUCCAGCACGUCAUUUCCAAAUUGUCGCUCGCUCUCAAGCAUGCACAGCAAAAGCACGAUUUCAUGGGAGAACAAGUCAAGCAGAUUCUCAAGAUGAGAGAUGAAAACGUUGACGAGUUUACAAUGCUUCAGCGCUCGUCGCUUUGCAAAAUGAUCUUCAACUGCUAUGAGGCUAUCGGGUCGUCCAAGAUUGCCAACUUGCUCAUCGACACAAAGACCAUGUCCUUUCAAAUACCAAUCAAGUCGGAGUUUCCCUCGUUGCCCAAGCCUUCGGUGCCUUUUAUCCCCGGGGCCUACCUUUCGUCAACUGUGAACUUGCUAAGCAGCAACGGACUUAUAAACGUAGGACAGUCAACACGGUACGGCCAGUCCCACGACACGUUGACCCAGGUCGACGGGGACGAGGAAGACCUUAUUGUCCACUUUGCACUUUUACUACUCGAUGACCCCGAGAAUAUCAUCCGGGAUAUGAAAACUGCCAACGACUCCAUGUUGGCCGAGUUUAUCAAGCUGAUCAAGCCCACGGAAUCCUUGAUCAAGUUGACGGUCAGGAUUCCGAGCUUUGACAUCAGACACGUUCGAGAACUCGCAUUCCAGUUGAUCUACUGGAGGCGAGCAAGGGUCAUUCCGCCGCUAUCCGCGCGGUCCGUUUACGUGCUUUCGCCGAUGGCUCCACUAACUACCAAGUUGUUCAACGAUACCCUAGCUUUUAAGGAAAAAUUCUCCAUGUUGCCAUCUUUGCCGCAUUUCCUCAAACUCCUUUCGCCCCACUUUCGCAAACCACAGCAGUUUGCUUCGAUCAUUCCUUCUCGCGAUCAUCGACAUAGCUAUUUGCAGGCGCUCGGCUGGUUGCACCGGUUUGGCUACGUGACCCAGCAGCUAACAUUCAUCUGGCUCAAGAUCUCAAAGGCUAUAAGAAUUAAAGUGGAGGAAGACAUUGAGAAUGAAAACAUUUCGAAACGGGGCAAGAAAGGUAAAAGCAUAGAGAGCAAGGGCGAGAGCACCGAUAAUACCUCGAAGGUUGUGGAAAAAAAGUUUGUCCCCAGCUCAGAUAACGUUAUAUCGCGCCCUGAAGCUGAUUCGUAUUCCAAGUCUUCAGGAAACGAGUUGGCUGAGCACUUGAAAAAGGCAUCCACGGUGACCAUGGUUGAGGAUGACGACGUGGUCAUCUUGGACCCGGGGAGAGCGUCUACUCUUGAACGACGGUGGAUCAACGAGGUGAUUUUCGAAUGCAAAUUAUCUAUGGAACUCACUGCUGUUUUUUACAAGUUGUUGAAGUACAUGAAUGGCGAAAACCCGCUUGAGUUGCUCCUUAUGCGAGAAAACGUCACCCGAGCUGACCUCAAGAAGAUUUUGUAUGCCAUUGAGUACCACAUCACCUCCGUUCGACACUGGUGA